CCGGACGUGGCGUCAUGAGUUUCGGUUUCUUGGACGCUGCAGUAACCACCGUGGAGGUCCAGUGAAGAGUGGAAGAAGUGAGUGGAACAAUCAUAUCUGUGCUGGAGAGACGUCACAGACCGACUCCAGGCUGCUGGAGUCACAGACUGAUCCACUAACAGGAACGUCUCUGUGGCCAGAUGGAUUUCCUGGUGACAGCCACGGUACACCUGAAUGCUUUCCCAGAUGAGUCAGAGGUGAGAGAAAUCCUCAGGUCACAUGACUUUGUGACAACAGACCUGAGCAGAGAUCAGCUGCGAGUCGAAGGUUCGUUUUUGGGGCUCAAAGCUGUGAAAGUUCGUUUGGAGCGAAGUCUUAAUUCCUCCUCAGCUGUUUCCAGACACUACAGCAGCAGCUCCGGAGCCCCCCCCCCCCUCACCCGUCACCUCCAUGAUCCCGCCUCUCCAGAGUCCAGAGCUUCUUCUUCAGGAUCAGACCAGCGGCCUUCAGUCAGACGUGGAAGAGAGUCCUUUGUGGUUGAUGCAGAUGUGUUCAGGUACGCAUGGCAGCUCAGGAGAAAAGACAUUGACAUCAUCCUGGAGAACCAUAACGUCAGAGUAGAAGUGAUUGAAGUUGGUGAUAGUAACAACAUCUCUCUACUGGGGAGGAGUACGAAGACAGCCGCCAGUAAACUCCAGAGCCUGUUGAACGAUCUCAGCCAAUCACUGCGCACCCAGGAAGUUCCUCUGCAAGACAUGGAUCCUGGAGGAAUAGCUCUGUUAGAGAGAAUCCACAAAAACAAACACAUUCACAACUCAGUGCUUGUGUGUGAGACGGGCCACGGACUUCACCUCAUUGGGCCGUCUGCAAAGAGCUACCAGUUAAAGCAGGAGCUGCUGGGGAGGCCGGUCGACCAAUCAGGACGCACAGGGAGGACGUUCCAGAAGAACCCCAAGAGGAGGAGCAACUCCCUGCCGCCGACCAACCGGAAGAUCACAGAGAGAGACGGUGGUGACAUCACUAAUUCACCUGCUGCCGGAGCUGUAGGGUACACCCCCCCGAAGCCUGGUGGAGGUACGGGUUACUCCCCCUCAAAGUACCAGGAUGAUAAACAGGAAGCUGCUGAGCGUGGAGCUGGAGCUCGUCCUGGUCAAAGUUCGUCUUUAAGGAGAAGAAGUCGCUCCGAGACCCGUCAGAACACCUGGGCAGGAAAGGUGAACAGCUUCACACAAGAGACAGAAAACAAAGGCAAAGCCUCUAAAUCACUAAAAAAGCCCUUAUUAAACUUUAAUCCAAAAGAUAUAAAACAAAGGAUUAGAAAUUGGAGAAAAUGAAGAAUGAGCAGUGAAUCCUUCAUGACAGCAGACGGAGACUUUGACCAUGUUUACCUGUUACUUUCUUAUUGAGCAGCCUGAUGUGUUUGACCUGCAGGUACAUGGUGUCUGACUGAUGCUGGAUUUAUUAAGGUCAAUAUCAAAAACAUUAUUAGAGCAUUAAACUUUGACCUUUGAUCACAUUAUGGAUCAGAUGUCAUUUUCCUCUCUUCAUCUCUCUCUUUGUUGUCAGGUGGAGUAUGUUGGUCUGUGAUGACGACCUCCACCUCAAAUACAUAUUGGACAUUUCAGCAGUAAAAGUUUUUCAUUGUGUCUUUGAGAAGCUUCUCCUUCGUACAAACAGCUGUUUGAAAUGAUUGUUGUUGGAGUGUAAACCUGACCUGGUCUGUCACCUCCAUGACACUGAUGUCUCUGUUAUUAGUCUCUGUUAAACUGGAACAUUCAUGAAACACGUUCACACAACUGUGUUUCAUUCUUAUUAUUAGUUAGUCAGUUAGUCAGUUAGUUAAUUAGUUAGUCAGUCAGUUAGUUAGUCAGUCAGUUGUUCAGUUAG